CCAUCUUUUUUUUUUUUUUUGUCGGCCAUCCUCUUUACACCAUCUUCUUCACCAAUAACUCAAAUCUAAAGCUUCACAAGAAAAAGAAAAAAAAAAUGACAACGAUGGGUCAGUUAUGGACCAACACAGGCUCUGGUCUAGCAACUCUCAUGUUUGUAUACACAAUCUUCAAACAAUUCUUCCCUCAGUUUGGAGACAACUUGGAACCGUUGUUUCAUAGAAUCUUCAGUCCCUUCUACCCUUACAUCCAAAUAACAUUCCAUGAGUACAGCGGAGAGCAUUUCAAGAGAAGCGAGGCUUACUUAGGGAUCCAGAGCUAUCUCAGCAAAGACUCUUCUGCUCGAGCCAAGAAGCUUAAAGCCAGCACAACUAAAGGAAGCAAAUCUCUUGUUCUGAGCAUGGAUGAUAAGGAAGAGAUCACUGACGAUUUCGAGGGCGUUAGGGUUUGGUGGCAGUCGAAGAAAGAAGGAGCUAGUAGACAAUCGUUCUCAUUUUACCCUGAAGCUGAUGAGAAGAGGUUUUACAUGUUGAGGUUCCAUAGACGUGACAGAGAAGUAAUCAUAAAGAAGUAUCUUGACCAUGUUAUGAGAGAAGGGAAGACGAUAGAGCUUAAGAACAGAGAGAGGAAGCUUUAUUCGAAUACUCCAGGACAGAGCCACGGUAACAACACUAAGUGGAGUCAUGUAACGUUUGAGCAUCCAGCUACGUUUGAUACUCUAGCUAUGGAGGAGACGAAGAAGGAAGAGAUCAAGAGCGACUUGGUGAAGUUUAGUAAGAGUAAAGAUUAUUACAAGAAGAUUGGCAAAGCGUGGAAGAGAGGGUAUCUUUUGUUUGGACCACCCGGGACUGGGAAAUCGACCAUGAUCGCUGCAAUGGCUAAUUUCUUGGAGUAUGAUGUUUACGAUCUUGAAUUGACAACGGUGAAGGAUAACACACAUCUGAGGAGGUUGUUGAUUGAGACGUCGGCGAAAUCGAUUAUUGUGAUUGAAGAUAUUGAUUGUUCUCUUAGCCUCACGGGACAGAGGAAGAAGAAGGAGGAGGAAGAGGAAGAUGGAGAUGAUAAGAACAUGAUUGAGAAGAAGAUGAUGAAAAACGAAGGUGAGAAUAAAGAGAGCAAAGUUACUUUAUCAGGGCUACUUAAUUUCAUUGAUGGGUUAUGGUCAGCUUGUGGUGGUGAGAGGAUCAUUGUGUUCACUACAAACUUUGUGGACAAGCUAGAUCCGGCUUUGAUUAGGAAAGGAAGAAUGGAUAAACAUAUAGAGAUGUCGUAUUGCUGUUUCGAAGCGUUCAAGGUGUUGGCCAAGAACUAUUUGGAUGUUGAGGAGAGUGAGCUGUUUGAAGAGAUAAAGAUGUUGCUUGAGGUUGAAGAAAUCAAGAUGACACCAGCGGAUGUUGGGGAGAGCCUGUUGCCGAAAUCAGAAAAGGAAGGAGCUGAGACUUGUUUGAAGCGAUUGAUUGAAGCGUUGAAGGAAGAGGAGGAGGAAGCAAAGAGGAAGGUCGAGGAAGAGGCGAAACAGAAGAAGGAAGAAGAGGAAGAGAAGCAGAGGAAAAAGGAAAAGAAAGCAGAGAUUGAGGCAGAGAAAGAGAAGAAGAAAAAGAUUGAAGAAAAUGGUGAAGAAGAGUGUGGAGUUUGAAGGGAAAAUGUUGGAUUAUAUAUUAUCUAGUUGAAAAGAAUUGUAGUCUCGCCCAUCUUAUGAAUGUUUUGUGUUUUAUUUAGCUAAUCAGAAGAUUCAGAACAUUGCUCAGCCAUGUAACAAGAAGAAAACUUACG